AUGGGGAACAUGUUUGCAAGUCUGUUUAAAGGCCUCUUUGGCAAGAAAGAGAUGAGAAUACUCAUGGUGGGUCUGGAUGCUGCUGGAAAGACCACCAUCCUGUAUAAGUUGAAGUUGGGUGAGAUAGUGACCACCAUACCCACCAUAGGUUUUAAUGUUGAGACUGUAGAAUACAAGAACAUCAGCUUUACUGUCUGGGAUGUUGGUGGUCAGGACAAAAUCCGGCCUCUGUGGCGUCACUAUUUCCAGAACACUCAGGGUCUCAUCUUUGUGGUCGACAGCAAUGACCGAGAGAGAGUUAAUGAAGCCAGGGAGGAGUUAUCAAGGAUGUUGUCAGAAGACGAGUUGCGGGAGGCUGUACUUCUAGUGUUUGCAAAUAAGCAGGAUCUCCCCAAUGCAAUGAAUGCUGCAGAAAUCACAGACAAAUUGGGCCUGCAUUCCCUGCGUCAGAGGAAUUGGUACAUUCAGGCAACCUGCGCGACCAGCGGGGAUGGGCUGUAUGAGGGCUUGGACUGGCUGUCCAACCAGCUGAAGAACAAGAACUGA